AUGGAGGUCGGGUGGUUUUACUGGAGUGAGACGGAGCAGACGAGCAUCAGCCGGACCGCCACCGCCGCAGAUCUCAUCUUUAACUGGAAACACGACGGCGAUACUGGAGUGCAGGUCUUCUCCUGCGUCCGGGGGCCUCGCUGUGUCGGUAACCUGGGGGAGCGCUUCUCAGAAAUCUGGCGAUUGCCCAGAGAACACUGUUUGGGAGGGAGCGAGGGGAGGUGCAGGCAGCAGCAGGAGGAGGAGGAGGAGGGGGAGGAAGGUUGGAGUCCCGCACACACAAGGGAAACCACCGGCAGAGCAGCCGCCUCUCGCCGGGCUCCUCCAGGGCUCCGUGCGCUGCUCUUUGUGCGCUCCGGGAGCCGCCGUGCACCUGUGUGGCUCCCACACUCGCGGCUCCCCCUCAGAGGGCUCCGGCGGGUUUACCGGCGCCGCCACGUCGGAGACGGACGGACGGGCGGGCUGAAGCUGACCCGGCAGCAACGCACAACUCUGAGCAGAGGAUUUGCUGUUUGGAGAGUUUGUGCCUCCAUGUUGAGGAGCGGACCUGCGGCGGCGGCCGGAGCGGCUGGAGCGGCCGGUGGCGGGAGGAUCCAGUCUGAGACGGUGGCUGUGAGACGGAGGACGCCGCGGCCCGGGAUCCAUCGGUUUUUUUUCUUUCUUUUUCUUUUUUUGAACCCACGCUGAGGCGCUGGCCUACACGAGUCCUGGAGCCUGACUUCAUCUGAUUCCUGAGGACGUUGGAGCAUCAGGUCCAGCCAGUUCCCCACUGGUAUGUCAGCCAUUUAGAGCACUAUUAUAGUCUGACUCUGGACUGGUUUCUGAGCAGCACCGUCCGCGUGGACCCGGCCACUCCUCUCCCAGUGCAUGACUUUUUAACCGUUAUCGCUUGUUAUUUGUUUUCUCGCUGAAUAUCGCUUUAAUUUUGUCAGAUUUUUACAAACCGCCGUUUUCAUUCAGAAAUGUUUUUAUUUUUGCUGAUUUGUCUGUGGCGCUGAUGCCGGUGAUUUUACUUGCCCUUGCUCCCUUUUUUCACUGCAAACCCUCUCGCGGUGCUCAUGGGGAAUUUCUUUUUCCAAAUUGUGGAUAUUUCAUGAAAAAUUUUUUAAUUUCACGCACGCUUUGAUUUUCAGCUGGAUUUUAGUGAUUCUUACGAGCGGAUGUUAAACGACGUGUGAUACGUUAUUGUGUGACCUUUUAAAAGAAAAAUAAGAGUUGACCUGGCAGGAAUGCGAUCAGCAGGUUGCACCAACACCUCCUUCCCCUCGCGGUCAUGCGCCCUCGCCUGCUCGGUGCAGCGUGGCGUCACGUUGAGGCUUCACGGCUUCAUGAAUAUAAAACAAUAGUCAAAUAAAGAUUAUUUCAUCUUUUGUAAUGUUAAUGUCACCAUUAAAUGAUUUGUUCUGGA